UAAAAUAGAGAAAGUGGCAUAUGGUGAUUCUUCUCCUUCUUCUUUCUUCUUUCAAUCAAUCACUUCUCAAUUCCAAACCCUAACAAUACAUAUCACCACCACCACCAACAACAACAACUAAACCGUUCUUCCUUCUUCCUUACCAUAUCCUCACCCAAUUUCCAAUCUCUGCGUAAGAUCUCGGUUUUCUCAGAUUCAUUCUGGUUUGUUUUUUUUUCCUUUGAUUUGGCGUUCUUUUGUGAUUGAGAUUUAAUUUUACGUUUUUAUUUUGUAUUUAAUGUUAAUUUUGACUAGAACAAAUCAAAGAAAGUAUCUUCGAUUUUUGAUUAAUUUUUUGUAUUAAUGUCUGAUUUUUUUACAUUAAUUUCUUUGACUUCAUCAGAUUUCACUCUAUAAAUAAUGUAAUUUUGGUUGUGAAAGCAAUUCAGGAUCCUGGUUUCAGAUCUUAUUUGAUUUUUCUUUAAGUUUUUUUUUUUUGAUCUGAUAGAUGUCGAUCAAAUAAUCUCUUUGUAGGGUUUGAAUUUAUAGUUAACUGGAGUUUUCUCGUGAAAAUUGGUUGAAAAUUGUACAUAUGUAUCUCGUGAAUCUAAGUAUAUAAUGUAUUAAAUUGUUCAAAGUGGGAAUAUUUUUUGAAGAUAUCAUGCCAAACAAAGAUCAAAACUUCAGCUUUUCGGAGCGAGAAUUAAAGAACAUGGUAGAAGAAAUUGUUCAAUUGCUCUUCGUUGAUAAUCUUGUAAUUGUUUAAAAGAAGAAGAGAGGAGUUACUUAAUUUGUAAUUAGCUAUACUUAUUUAAAAGAUGAGGUUUAAGGGAGGAGAUUAUGAUGGUUCUCUUCUCCCUGGUCUUCAUGAUGACAUUUCUCUGAAUUGCCUUGCUUACGUUCGCCGAUCAGAUUAUGCUUCUCUUAUUUCUGUUAGCAAGAGGUUCAAUUCGUUGGUAAACACUGGUUACCUCUAUGGACUGAGGAAAAAGAUGGGAAUUGCCGAACACUGGAUGUAUCUUGUCUGUGAUUUGAAGGAAUGGGAAGCUUUUGAUCCCACUACAAAGAAGUGGAUGACAUUGCCUGAGAUCCCUUGUGAUGUAUGUUUCAAGAAUACUGAUAAAGAAUCCUUAGCUGUGGGUACUGAGCUACUGGUGUUUGGACGUGAGGUAUUUGAUUUUGCCAUAUGGAAAUAUAGUUUGAUCACUCGAGAAUGGGCCAAGUGCCAAAGUAUGAAUCAUCCUCGUUGCUUAUUUGGUUCUGGUAGCUUCGGUUCAAUCACCAUUGUUGCUGGAGGCAGUGACAGGAGUGGGAUUUUUUUGGAUUCUGCUGAGCUCUAUGAUUCGCAAUCAGGUAAAUGGGAGAUUUUGCCUAAGAUGAACUGUCCUCGUAAAUUAUGCUCCGGGGUUUUCAUGGAUGGAAAGUUCUAUGUGAUCGGUGGUAUGAGUUGCGAAAGACAAAAUGUGAAUGGUGUGAUGACUACUACAAUUAUCCCAUUGGCCUGUGGGGAAGAGUAUAACUUACAGACUAAACAAUGGAAAAAAAUCGAGGGAAUGUACCCAAGUGUUAGUAGGGCAGCUCAGGCACCUCCUCUUGUCGCUGUUGUGGAUAAUCAACUCUAUGCGGCUGAGUCCCUUACUAAUAUGGUGAAGAAGUACGACAAGGAGAAGAACUGUUGGAACGUGUUAGGAAGGUUACCAGUGAGGGCUGACUCUUCGAACGGCUGGGGAUUGGCUUUCAGAGCGUGUGGAAAUCAAUUGGUGGUUGUAGGCGGGCAUAAUGGCCGCAAGGUAAUUGUGCUCCAUUCAUGGUCUCCAAAUUCAGGUUUGGUGGAUGGAGAAAUAGAGUGGAAGGUUCUUGAUGUGAGGCAAAAUUUAGGGUUUGUCUAUAAUUGUGCUGUCAUGGGUUGUUGAGUGCUUCAUUCUUCGCGUGAAAGAUGGAUGUUGAAGAAAUAACAAUCUGGUAUUUAACCAAUCCUGUAGGGUUUUCUUUUUUGGCUAAUCUGAUGAAUCAGGUUUAGUAAUACUUCCGUCGGUCUUUUCUUAAUAUGAGAACUUAUUUUCUCUGAACAGUCUCUGAGUUGAGAUAUGGUGGCUUACUUGCCUGAUUCGGCAGACUCUCAAGGAUUUCUAAUAGACAAUUCUGAUUAAAGGAUAUUCGGUAAAGUUCUUAACUUUAAUCUUCCCAAUUACAAAUCUGAUCUUCUACAAAUAAACUCUGUACAAGAGGAAUGAAAACUUCUUCUUUUGUUUUAGUGAUUUGAUUUUUCUUAGUUACUGUUGUCGCAUGGGUUGUGCUGGUAUUUGUAAUUUGAAGUACAUCCAAUGCUAUUGUGAGUUCAUGGGAUUUGAUAUCCAUCUGCAUCUUUCAUUUCA